CGAAACAGAAAACCAAGUUUUUGGGAUGCAUUUUCAGCAAUUGAGCUUAAAACUCCUAAACGAUCAUUCCUAUCAGUGAUAUGGGAAUAUUAUCUCUCACAAACAAGUUAUAUGACCUCAUUCUAAUAAACUCAUUUCUAGUAUCAAACCCUAUUCAGUUACCUGAAUUCCAGUUAUUCUUUCAACCAUUCUUCAUGAAAUACACAAUUUUCAUGACUUUAAACUAUUAGGAACUGACAUCUGAGAAUUAUUUGUUAACAUUCAACUCCUGUCAUCUGAUCGGUAUGCUUUCGUUUCUGGAUGUACUGAUGACAAAUUGACAUUCAUCAUACAGGAUGUGGAAAGAAAUUCUGAAUUGGGAAAAUCCAAUCAUGCAGUAUAUAAAUGAUUUAAAGUGUCCAGUAGAAUCAUCAGUCAGGGUUCGGAGGAUAUAUAUCAAGAGAUAUAUCUCAAAAUAUAUAUCACGAUAUAUAUCAUGAUAUUUAUAACUUGAUAUUCAUCCGAUAUAUACGACAAUUUUAUUUAUUAAAUUAAAAAUGUUUUCCACCAUUCUAAACAUCCGAAAAUGUCUCAAUAGGCCACGGUACAAAAUUAUAAUAACUGUAGGGAUUCAUGCGGCUACCGCGCAAGCAUCACCGCGCCGACUUGUAAAUUAGUUGUGGUUUUUGUUGAAUAUGCCUAAAACCAAAGCAUUCUAUUUGGCGAUAUUUUGACUAUAAAAUUAAAAACAAAAACAGUACUGGAAAAUGGACAAAAUGACGGGAGUUUUCAAAGGAGAUGCAGGGUAUACCAUCGCGAAUGAAAAAAAAAUAUUUUAACACACCAAAAAACUAUGCGCCAAAAUAUUUAACUUUGUUAUGGUUUCGAAAUAUAUCUUAAUUGCAAUGCCCAGUACAAAUGCAAUUUUGCCCAUCAUCGAUUGUAGUCCAUUUGUAGUAUCAUAAGGAUUUUUUUUAACAGAAAGAUGCACACAAAUUAGAGGGAGGGGGGGAAUUUAUGGUGAAUCACCCUGUUCCGACCAUUCAUAUGGAUAAUGUCUUAUUUCAGCGCCGACCUUGUCGGCUGAUAAAGAAAGCGACAAAGAAAUGAUGGAAACGAACGGGAGAAGCACGUCGCCACCUCCGAGGCAGAAGAUUCCAGCGGAAAACUGGAGAGGCGCGGUCAAUGUGAUUGACGUGACGCAAAUUUCCAUAACCGCCCACGAAGUAUCUGGCGACUGCAGCGACCUGGGAUGCGAAACAACACAACAGCAUCAUUCUGUUCCUGAAGAUGUUCUGCCUUCCACUUACACUACUACAAAAAGAAGUGUCAACACAUCAGGUACGUAGUUAAUUAAUUGUUAUAUAUAUUAUACUAAAUGAAACAGCAUGUUUUAACCAUGGCAAAAGACGCUGAUGUUGUUGCAACCUCAGACACUUACUCUAAAGACCUCAACCUUCAAAUAGGCAGAUAUUUCUAUGCAACUAAUACACUUUUUCUUCAUGCUGAUCAUACUGAAGUUAAGAAAAUGAUGAAUUCAUUACGGCCCGGUUAUAAUGGCCCCUCUGCAUAUCAGAUUGGUGAACCUUUUCUAAAUGAAGUGUAUUUUUGAAGGAGUGUAGGAAUGCAUUGGAGGGAGAAACAGUUUGUUUGUCCCUGGAUGGAUGGAGCAAUGUUCGUAGAGGCAAUAAGGAAAACAGAAAACCAAUUUCAAGUUCAUGUAAGGAGUUUUGUCACAGACAAUACAGGAAAUGUAAAGAAAAUGCGUUCCGAACUAGAAAAUCAAAUCGGCAUAAUACAAUAUGGAUAUUCAGCUCACAUUUUGAAUUCAUUGGCAAAAGAUUCAGAAAUUUCUUCAGCUACUGCAAAUAUUGUAAGUUAUAAAAUAUUUUCACAACAAACAUGUACCAUCUGGACUCUACAAAGAAGCUGGAGGCAAAAAUUUGGAUAUGCCUCUGGAAAUAAGGUGGAGCACAAUGAACAAUGCACUUAAAUCAUUUUUGGUCAAUAGGGGAGUAUUAGUUUAGUUAUGCCAGAACCAUGAAGAUGUCAUCGAAGGUGACAUCAUAAAGAUAGUCAAUGAUGUUCAGGUUGCAUUAAAUGCCACUGACCUAAUUGCUCAUCUAGAUCCAAUAUGAUAGAACUCAAUGAGACUAUACAACUAUAUCUGUCUGUGUAGAGGUCUGGCAUAAAUUAGAAUUGGAUUUCUCCGAACAGCCACUUUUGGUGAAAAAAAGUUUCUUUAGAAGAAAAAAUAUGGCACUUGGGGCAAUGCAUUAUCUAGCAGAUAUUAUAGAUCAUCGAUUUUUGGGACGACAUUUAACAGCUAUUCAAAAAUGACAGGCUUUUGGAUAUGUGAAUAAUAUCAAUAGUCCUUUUGUUCCAUUUGUGAUGUCUCUGAUAUCACAAGUUAGCCCAUUUCCAAAGUACUUUUUUGGUGAUCAUUUUAGACUUACUCCACCAGUAAUGUGGUGGAUAUCGAUCCCUGCAUUGACUGGCCAGACAAGGACGCUUUUUCGAAAUUAUGUGAACAGUUACAUACUGCAGUGGCCUCUACAGCUGGGAUUGAAAGGACCUUUUCUUCUUUCGGUUUGGUUCAAUCAGAUUUACGAAACCACUUAGGAAACCAAAAAGCCAGUAAGGUGAUUUUAAUGUUCAAGUGUAUGAACCAGAAUACAGACAAAAAGAAAAACAACCUUGAUUAGGCAUGGGAACCAUCGUAAUCGGAAGAUUCUGAAGUUAGGGUCACUAAGAAUAACAUUGAUGAUAUUGAUGAUAAUGAGGAGGAUGAAAUACUGAUAUGAAUGUUAAUUAAAUAAUGUUAAAAUCUGUUUGUUUUCAAUUCUUUUCUUUUUACCUAAUUGGAG